AUGACGCCCUUUGAAGGAGGCGAGAUUGCAGAGAUCUUAGAUGCUGCCAGCAAAAUCAAAGACCAGGACCCCGACAGCUGGUACAACUCCUGGCCGGAGGUGGGCACAAAGGCCGAGCAAAUCGCACAGGAAGCAGAAAGCACAGGCGAUCGUGUAGCGGCUCGUAGAGGAUAUCAACGAGCCUCGAACUAUUUGCGUGCCGCGCAGUUCAUGCUUAAUGAGGGUCCCAUUGGUCAUGAUAAACAUGUGUUACCCACGAUGGAACGAGCCAUCGACGAUUUCCGCAGAGGAGUGAAAUACCUCGACGGCGACGUUCAUUUUCUCAACAUCCCCUACGAGAACAAGAUAAAACUACCCAGUUACCUCUACCUGCCUCCCGAGUGUAAGUGUCUGCCGAACGGUCCGAAAACGCCAACUCUGGUCAACACUGGCGAGGGAGAUUCCACCCAGGAAGAGAUCUACUUCAUCAGUGCCUCUGUCGGACCCUAUCUAGGCUACGCGGUACUCACAUUUGACGGACCGGGUCAGGGAAUCGUCCUACGCUGCGAUAAACUCCCCAUGCGACCUGACUGGGAAGUAGUGGUAGGCCGGGUAUUAGACCACCUGUGGGAUUUUGCACGCGCCCAUCCGGGGGCUGAUCUCGAUCUGGACCACAUCGCCAUCACGGGUGCAUCCAUGGGCGGAUACUAUGCUCUUUGGGGGGCAGUAGACCCUCGCAUCCAGGCGUGCAUCAGCUGGUUGUGGCGGCUUUUCAGCGCGGGAUUGUUAAGCGAGGGAGUUUUUGACGCCCUCAUCAGAUCCAUAUCCGGAUGGACUUUUCAAGCUCGCUGGGAAUUUAACCAUAUGAAAUGGGCCAUGGGUCGCGAGAGUGACGUGAAGGUGAUUCGACGCAUGCUAGACUACACCAUGAAAUGCAAGGAUGGCAGUGAGCUGCUUCACUCGGCGAAGUGCCCGGUGCUGGUGACCGACCCCGGCUCCACCUUCUAUUUCGACCCAGAAACAACCACACGCAAGAUCCUGCGACCCUUGUGCAUCUGCCCGAUGACCAAAAGGAGGAGUGGGUGGCAACGGACGUGGUGUUUGGAGGGUUGCAAGCUAAAAUCGGGGCGUUUGGGUACUCGAUGCAGCGGAUAG